AUGUCAACGCGUUCUCACUUCCCUCCAAUCAGACGCAUAUCACUUUGUCUGCCACCUCAGGGUCCUUCGACAGCCAUGUCAUCACCCCGCAACGUCUACGUCCGUGGCAGGGGCUCAUUUACGAGUGGAAUUUCUCCAAACCCCGGCAAACCACCUCACGUGAUUUUACCGGUUACUCCGACCCCACCACCUUUGCCACCACCGCCGCCGAAUCCGCAACUCAAGCCACGCUCUCACUCCCAGCAAUGGACCUCGUCGAGGUCGUUUGGCAACAAACUACCUGUUCGCUCGCAGUCGGUGAAAGCGACACCGCCGAAGAGCAGAAACACUCAACCUCCACCACGACCUCUGACAAGGCCGAGGUUACCGGAGGAACGCGGAGGUCGCGCGGAGGUCACUGAAUUGCCCCCGUUCCCGACGAAUCUCCCACCAGCAGAUCCCAACUCCUCAACCCUACGUCAAGAUGUCUUUCGUGUUACCGUCUACGUCUUCCACUCAAGCCUCCUUGUUGUGUCCUACGUGGCGUGGGCGGCGAUCCUGAUUCUGCUGCUGCCAGCCAUCGGCAUUUCUUACUGUCUCCGCCAACUCGGUCUCUUAUUGGCCCAGCAUCGGAGGCCGGCGCUGGUCGAUACCCUGUCUUCCCUCUCGCUGCAGUACCUAGAAGGGAAGGAGGCGUCGACGUCUGCGGUCACGGUGGUCGCCAUCUACCUCGGCAGUCCAGGGAUCAAAAUCGCGGCGUUGAAGCGUCUCCUCGCCGAACGGAUUCUCUCGAAGUCCUCGGUGGUUCCGAGUUCACGACGUCCUGCCGGGCGAUGGUUUGCUGAGAGGCUCCAGCAAAAAAUCGUCGAACUGCCGACGGGCUACGCAUGGCAGCGUUGCACCGCUGUAAACAUCGACGAUCACGUCGCACCCGCCUACCUCGUUGGACAGAAUCGGCCCACCUACGGCAGACGCUUGUCACCGAAGAAGUGCGUUGACGAGGAGGGCAUGGUAGAAGUGGAGAAGGAUCCUGUUGAGAUUUUGAUUGGUCAACUCUCUACUGUUGCCUUGCCGACUGACAAACCACUAUGGCAAGUCCAUCUAGUGGAGGAUUACUACGAUUCGAAAGAUGCCUUAACUGUUCUACGAAUGGAGUCACCAUUCUCACCAACGACCUGGAGGAACCAGGAUAACCUGGCUCCCUGGUCGAGCCGUAGACCUUCACAGUCGCCGUCGGAUAGCGUUAGCAUCGCCUCGGUGGAUCGUCCAAUGACACGCACGGCCAGCGGCUUCAAGCGGCCCCACCACCAGUCCUCCACCGCCUCCAUCUGCAGCAUCCGCAGUCACACUGGAGGUGGCAGGCUGGUCACUGGCCCCCCGCAAACCGGCAGUCUCAUCAUCUUCAGGGUCCACUCGGCCAUUACUGAUGAUGCUCAAAGCCUUGUCGAGUUCAUUACCAUCCUCCUAUCAGAGGGCGCGGUCGUCGAAACUAAGGCGAAUACUCAACCGCAGGCGCAAGCUUCCAGCCAAUCAGAUUUGCGUGAGUCCUUCUCUGUCUACCUCACGUUAGACGUUGGUAAAGAAGACAAGCCCGAGGCAAGAAGGCCCACGUCGCUGUUCAAGGUGCGUCUUUCCGAAUCGUCGUUGGAGUGGGACAGUUUCGGGGGCCUUCCUCUUACGCCGCCGCCGCCGUCGUCACCUGACUGGUCCAGCUCCCAAUCCUUCCGCGCUCACUGCACACGCUUCUGUGAGUGGAUCCGUGUGUUGAACGAGAUCCGGCGUCAGGUGGUUAGAGCAAUCUUUUUCGGUCCCUUCGUGGUGCUCCACAACCUCCUGCUGGUGAGUGCCGACCUCGGUUUGCUGCCGUCGCCUGCGCCUGCACCGCCAAGCGACUUCGAGGCGGCCACCUCGGUGUCAAGUUGCCAGGUUUUCCGACGGAUUCAGCUGCCGUUGGAGAAGGUUCUACACAUUCAAAAUGUCACGCGAGCUACUCUCACGGAGAUCUCUAUGUGUCUACUUGCUGGUGCAUUGCGAGCUUACCAACAGACUUCUGGUUUGACGAGCCCGCCUGACUUGCACGUCCGCGCGUGCAGUCAGACGCCGAACUUCGACCUUGGCGGCGAACGGCCGACUCAACCGACGUACGACCUUGAGAUCGCAGACAGUGGUGGCGAUGGUGAUGAGUCGGAGCAGCAGGAAGCCCUCAUCGCACUCUCCGACAUCGCCAACGGUCCGCCAGCUCAAUGUGUGUUCGCACCGAUGCGCCUCCCCCUAAGUGCGGAGGGGAUGCUUCCACGGUUAUGGAACGUCCACCGACGCGUUCAGCUGUUGCGACGUUCAGCAGUGACGUUGACCCUAGCCUGGACCCGCGACCUCCUCCACCUCAUCCUCCCUCACUGGUUUGCUCUCCGUGCUGACCACCUCUUGCUCAGCGGUGUCUCCAAGUGCAGCAUCACCUACGCGGAGGUGUCUCUUGAAAGCAACAGCGAGGUGGAAUCAGUAGACCGAAGAACGAAAUCUGGUAGAUUCAAGCGCUCCAGGAAUCAGCACCAAUCGCGUAGAGGCCAGAAUUCGCCCAAAGUGGACAUAACUCAGGCGCUUCGAUUGGUAAACCGUCCAGGUUCACCACGGAAGCCAAUAGAUUUGGACAGCUGCCUAACCGAGCGAAACCUCGACUUGAUCUACGUUGCGGGUGGCGUACCAAUAGUGCGGAUCGAGGCGUGGAUCGCACACCACCGCAAGUCACAAUCCUUGGAUCAAACGACACCCAAUCACAAUGAGGCGAGCAGUGCGAUGUGUCGCGACUUGUCCGUCGUCAGCUGUGUCUAUGGCAGUCACGUGACCGUCGGACUGACAGCUAGCACACAUCUAGACGGCCGGCCCGGGAUUGGACUCAUUCUAAACGCGAUGCUCCAGCAGGCAAGCUGCCAGAACCACUCUCUAAAUCAGCUCUACAGACUUCUAGACAGUCGCUUCCCAGCCAAACCGGUGAUAUAUGCACCUUUGAGGCGUCCAAACUUCACCUCGGUAUCAGGAUCUGCCAACACUCGAAUCAGAGUAGUCCAGAAUUCCCCAUCAGCCACAACACAGUCUCGAAAUAACGCAGCACAACCUUCACCAUCGGCAUCUCACGAAUAUCGGAAGUCUGGAAUUUUGGUGGAGGAGGAAGGGGCCCAAUUUUUGAAGUACAACUUUCCACCAAUCAGUACGGAUCUACGACGGGCUUCCUUUGGCAGAGGCCAAAAGCGCCACAGUAUUGGCGCGCCACAGCUUGAAGACACGCAUAGAGAUAGCUCAAAACCUUCGAAGUUGGUGCCAAUUCUCAAGGCGACAAACGCCAACGUGGGAGAAUUGACGCCGACGCAGAGUGACGACAAUCUGGUGAAACGAAAGCGAAUCGACGGGAGUCAUGAAAAUAGGCGAAAGGCCUUAGCUUCCUUCAAAUGUGGCUCCAAAUCAGGACUACAGCGUCGGUUCGGUCUUGCUGGAAAGUUCAAAAAGAAACCGGUGCAGCCCCCUCCACAAGUGCCCAGAAGGUCUCAGGUUCGCUUCGUUACCGAAGAUGAUUGA